AUGCUGAAGAAGAUGAGCGAAGCGUCUCAGAAGCACGCCGGUGACCGACCGAUGACUACGCCGGCCUCGGAGAGAACCUGCUUUUCCGACUUCGAUCGUAGAUCCAGCAGCGCCUCGUUGUUCAGCCGCCCUGGCUUGUUCAUCGGGUUCGGCAAGGGAAUGGUGGAUUCCGACUCCUCAGGGAGCCCCAAAUCUCCCCUCGACUACAGGAUCUUCUCCGGCUUCGGCGGUCACAGAGUGAGAUCUCCUCGAUCGCCUCGCGCCGGGGGGCCUCGCAAGAUCUGGAACGGCGACAAGGUCGGCCUCAGCCUCAUCAACGAGGGUGAAUGCAGGUCCUCCGGUGGGGUUGUUGGUUCUUCCGAGAGCAGGAGCAUACUCUUCGUCUCGCAGAUGAGGGUCGGCAUCUCGAACCCUAAAACCUCCAUUAUUCAUCAUCCGCUGGCCGAGGGUUCUGCAUGCUCUUCCAAGUCAUUGCCCAAAAACUAUGCCAUCUCCUUCCACGGGCGGAUCGAAUCGCCGGAUCUCCGUUCAGAUCCAUCGAAGAAGAAGGGAUCGGAACUCCCGGUGUCUCGAUCCGUAUCUCCCCCCUCCGUCGGAGCAGGGGGUUCUAUCAUUGCCUCUGGUUCUCUGCCGAUCACGAGUGGCUUCACGGAUUCCCUCUCUGCCAGCGAAAUCGAGCGAUCUGAAGACUACACCCGCAUUAUUUCUCGCGGACCAAAUCCCAAAACGACGCACAUCUUCGGAGAUUGCGUCUUAGAGGCUCUCUCAACCGGCGACGCUCCAGAUUUUGCUGGGAAUGAUGGCCGAGCAGAGGAAGAAGGGAGGGAGUCCUUCUGGAUGGUCGACUGCUCGGGGGAUCCCUUUCCCUUUCCCGCCGACGAUUUCUUGAGGAUCUGCUUCUGCUGCAAGAAGAAGCUGGAUGGCAAGGACAUCUACAUUUACAGGUACGUACCGCUCUACGACGGACGCCAAUCCCUGCUACUGUCUUACUUUGUUCCUCCGAUAUUCAACCGCGAUCACAGUAAAAUAUCACUCACAAAAUCCAUCUCGUCGACAAAAAUCUCCUCCCGUCGGAUUCGCAUCAACCUCCGUCACUUUAAUUUCUGGAUCCUUCCGUCGACGAUCUACAUUACCUCGCUCUGAUUCCCCACGUAUUCUGGUAUCAACGCGAUCUACGGCAGGUGAAUGAACAGCCGGAAUAGAAAUAAUCCCGCAUCCUCUGGCUUUCUUUCUCCUCCGCAGAGGGGAGAAGGCCUUCUGCAGCUGCGCCUGCCGCUCCCGAGAGAUCGGAACAGAGGAGGAGGAGCCUGCAAAUGAUCGGCCUGGUUCUCCGCCGCCGUCCCGCCCGGAGGAGAUCGUCCCUACCGCCGGCGACAUCGCCGCCUGA